AUGCUCCUGGGGAUCCUCGUGGUGCUCUGCUUCAUCCCCACUGCUGAUGUAACAGAAAACAAGAUUUUAGUGGCUCAGAGUCCUUUGCUCAAGGUAGAUAACAAGACUGCAACUCUAAUUUGCAACUACACAUACAACGGAACGGGGAAGGAAUUUCGAGCUUCACUGCACAAAGGAACGGACAGUGCAAUUGAAGUUUGCUUUAUUUCAUGGAACACAAGCAAAACUUCAUGGAACACUUCAAAUGAACAAUUCAACUGCCAGGGGGCUCAUGAUAAAGACAAAGUCAUCUUCAAUCUUUGGAAUAUGAGUGCCAGCCAAACUGACAUCUACUUCUGCAAAAUUGAGGUCUUGUAUCCACCCCCAUAUGUCUACAAUGAGAAGAGCAAUGGGACCGUCAUUCAUGUGCAAGAGACACCCAUCCGAACACAAGAGCCUCUGUCUGCAAUUCCUUUGUGGAUUAUGGCAACAGUGACUGGAGUUCUUGCUUUUUACAGCAUGCUAAUAACUGCAGUUUUUAUUAACUACUGGCAAAAAUCCAGAAGGAAUAUGUACCAUCAGAGUGACUACAUGAACAUGACUCCCCGGCACCCACCAUAUCAGAAGAACAAGGGUUACCCAUCCUAUGCCCCAACACGAGACUACACUGCGUAUCGGUCCUGGCAGCCGUAAGACCCACCAGCUGAGCCACAGUAGCCUUGUGUGCUUCUAGGC